CACCAACCACACUCAGUCGACUGACUGCGAUACAUCGUUCUCUCUGCAACCGUCUGCUCGGCACAACCAGCUAUGCAUCCACCAUCCACUGGUCUACGGCCCAUCCACCACACCGACCCACAGACAGACACAUCAGGCACUUGUGGACACGCGGCUGAGCUGGAUCUUCUUGAUGUAGCUGAUCGCGAGUGCCUCCCUCUCGGCAGCCAGGGCAGCGUAGUAGUAGUGCUCUGAUGACUGUUGGGGGCGGCCUUCGGUCUUCUCCCUCUCCCAGAGAGCGUACGCCCCCAACAACACCCUGCACACACACACAGGGGAGACACACACAGAGACGCAGACACACAUGGAUGUGGGGGUGUCUCGUGUGUGUCUCGGCCAGUGAAAGACUGACGGCAGCCCCCUUACAUCGAGUCGAAGCUCUCGCGGCUGAGGCCCGCCUCGAUGAUGAGGCGGUCCUCUUCCGCAGGGACGCUCCGCUCGUAGUGCUGCUGGGGCGACUCGUGACGGCCCUCCGACGACAGCGAGCGCUCAAACGCUCUCUGCUUGACGCUGCAUGACAAGGCAGACAGACAGACAUCAGACAGACAGAGAGGUGAGACACACACACAUCCAUAGAAGGUGUGUUGGAUGGUGUGUCAGUGAGGUGUGCGUGUUGGCUUACUACGCAGUGAAGGCGUCCUUGGGGGUCGGGCACACCAGCUGCCUCGCCUGCACGGUGUUCGCUGUGGGGGACGGUCUGUUGUUGGGGUGUUGGGUGUUGUGGGUGGGUAAGUUGUUGGCCUCCUCCGCCGGGGGUGUCGGGUGGGGCGGCUGGCUGGGCUGGUUGGGGUUGGGUGUUGUGGCUGGUUGGGUGUUGGUGUUGGUGCUAGUGCUGCCAGACGUGCUAUCAUUGUCUGCAACCAUCAAUCAGGCCACACACACCAUACAUAUCAACACAACACAACACAAUGGAAAAUGACCCGUGACCAACUGAGACAGCAAGUAGCGUGUGGCUGGCUGACUUACCGAAGUCUGGGUGCACCGGCAUCAGUGCUCCGGCCAUGCCCGGCAGGUCCAGUAUCGGGGCUAUGGACUGCGUCAU